AUGGGAGGACUCGAUGAAGCUUUUAUCCAAGCUCCAGAACACAGACCCAAAACUAAUCUCGCAGACUCCGGUGAUUUCGCUUUCUCCGACGAGAUUCCGACCAUCGACCUCUCUUCUCUGAAAGAUCCAGAUUGCGACAAAACGGCGAUCGCGACAGAGAUCGCAGAGGCAUGCGAGAGAUGGGGAUUUUUCCAGGUGAUCAACCACGGCUUGCCGUUCGAUUUACGGCGUUGGGUAGAGAAAGCGGCGGCGGAUUUUUUCGAUCUACCAAUGGUGGAGAAGAGGAGAGUGAAAAGAGACGCAGUGAAUCCUAUGGGAUAUCACGACGAGGAACACACUAAGAACGUUAGAGACUGGAAAGAAGUUUUCGACUUCUUCUUGCAGGACUCGACGAUCGCUCCGGCGACUCCGGAGCCGGAAGAUACAGAGCUCAUAAAGCUCACGAACCAGUGGCCACAAAGCCCUUCUGAUUUCAGAGAGAUAUGCCAAGAAUAUGCAAGAGAAGUUGAGAAGUUAGCUUUCAAGCUCUUGGAACUUAUCUCCAUUAGCUUAGGUUUACCCGGUGAUCGGUUCACUGGCUACUUCAAGGAGCAAACAAGUUUUUUGCGGUUCAACCAUUACCCUCCUUGUCCGAACCCUGAUUUGGCGUUAGGUGUCGGACGCCACAAAGACGGAGGAGCUCUAACCGUCUUGGCCCAAGAUACUGUGGGUGGAUUACAAGUGGGCCGUAGAUCGGAUGGACGAUGGAUCUCUGUGAAACCAAUCCCCGAUGCUUUGAUCAUUAACAUUGGCAAUUGUAUGCAGGUGUGGACAAAUGAUAAAUAUUGGAGUGCAGAACACAGAGUGGUGGUGAACACAAGCAAAGAGAGAUUCUCAAUACCGUUCUUCUUUUUCCCAUCGCACGAAACCAGCAUUGAGCCAUUGGAGGAGCUUAUAAGUGAAGAGAACCCGCCUUGUUACAAAAGGUACAAUUGGGGAAAGUUCUUUGUUUCAAGAAACAGAAGUGAUUACAAGAAGCUCCAAGUUGAGAACAUUCAGAUUGAUCACUUUAAGGCUUAA